AUUGAAACCUCCUGCAACCUCGUGUAAUAAUAAAACAACGCGCGAGUAAUAGUUUCUGUUUCCAAUUGUGUUUUCGUGUGAUAUAUUAAACGAUUUUCUACUAAGUUAUGGCCGGAGAAGUUUUCGUGGACGCUCUCCCAUACAUCGAUCUUGGAUAUGAUGAACCAGGGAUCAGAGAAGGCGCUUUAGCUCUAGUCGAAGAAGAAACCAGGAGGUACAGGCCUACAAAAAACUACUUGGAGCACUUGCCCAGCAUACAUUUAAACGCCUUCGAGACUGAACUGAUGAAAAAUGAAUUUGAGAGGCUGCAACAAAGGCUGCCCAUGGAUACGCUGAGUAUGAAGCGUUAUGAACUGCCUCCACCCCCUGCUGCCAAGAUGAGCGACUUGAGCGCGUGGAACGAAUGCGUUGAAAAUUCCAUGGCCCAGCUUGAACAUCAGGCAACUAGGAUAUGCAAUUUAGAACUGAUGCUCGAGUACAGUUGUGAAGCGUGGAAAUCGUACAUCGAACUUUUGAUGAAAUGCCUGUCCGUGGCGCAGAAACAGCUUCAGUCCAUAAGGAAAGAGAUACAGGAGAUAAACUGGCAGAGGAAACAUGCUCAGACUAAAGCGGGUGAGAAACUCCUCAAGUUAGAAACGAUGUGGGAAGAGCUGGUGAAGAAAAAUUACGAAAUUGAGCAAGCCUGUGUCGAACUCGAAGAACAUCUUACAGACGAACAAAGGCAAAAAUGGGAAGAAGAAAACAACAUAGUUAAUAACAUGGAACCUUAAAAACUAAUUUAAGAAAUAAAUGUGUUGUUUAUAUUAUUAUAUAAAUAUUUGUAUAGUCUAGAUGAUUUGCAAUACAAUCAAUGAUUCAGUUCUCCUGUUUUCAACUAUGUAAAACUAAAUUUUUAAUUAAUUAAUUUAAUACCAAAUAAAUAAAUUAAUACCAUUA